GGGUGAGAGGUCGGCGGGCGGAGCAGCGCUGAUGGCGAUGAUGGCCGCCGGGACGGGCAAGCCCCGGCGGCGGCGCGCAGGAAAUAAGCAUUCAGCUGCUCAGAAAAAUGAAGAUGCUGCUCAAAGGAAAGCAGCUCUGGAGGCUGCACUGAGACACAAGAUUGAAUGUGAGAAAAAAGCAUUGUCUAUUGUUGAGCAGCUCCUGGAAGAGGACAUAACUGAAGAGUUCCUUCUAAAUUGUGGAAAAUGUAUUACUCCAUCUCACUAUAAAGAUGUUGUUGAUGAGCGAUCUAUCAUCAAACUGUGUGGUUAUCCUCUAUGUCACAAUAAGCUGGAAAAUGUGCCAAAGCAGAAGUACAGAAUCUCAACAAAAACGAACAGAGUUUAUGAUAUCACUGAAAGAAAGUCCUUUUGCAGCAACUUUUGCUAUAGAGCAUCUAAAUAUUUUGAAGCUCAAAUUUCCAAAAGUCCAGUGUGGAUGAGAGAAGAGGAAAAACCACCCGACAUAGAGCUGCUGAAGGAGGGACGGAGUGGACAGUCUGGAGAAGAGGUGAAACUGCGUGAUGAAGUAAUUAAAGCAUCUGACAUUGAAAAUCCUAGGAUAUCUUCAGAUCCAUGCGAAUCUCGUUCUCAUGACACAGCCAGUGACAGCAGUACUGAUACGGAACAAGAAUUUAUUUCCUCUGUCCUACCAGGAAGUCAGUCAAGUUCAGCCAAUUUUGCACAGCAAUUGAACAGAAAAAGCAUACUCAAAAAGAAGCCUGCUCAGAAAGUCCAUGCCAGCCCUAAAACUGAAGAUGCAGAUGUGGCAGAAGCCACUGAACAACUCUCUCAUUGUAAAUUAGACACUCAGGAAGAAGGACACGCUUGCUCUGUUCAUAAUGAAGUAACUGCACCACCUUCAGACAAUACUGCUCCUGGGAAAUCAAGUGCUUCAGAAAUCUUUGAAAAUACAUAUGGAUCACAGAUAGUUUUUCUAGGUGUGAGCAAAAGAGGAGCAGAACAUCUUAAAAGAACAUUAGCUAAGUCAACAGAACAUAAAAACCCUGAACUGAGGCAUCCAGUUAAUUCCAAAGGCAGUUUACUAGAAGUACUUAGGCAAACACUUAUGGAGUGGAGAACUGAGGAAACUUUAAAAUUUCUCUAUGGCCCAAACUAUACUUCUUUGUACUCAUCAGAGUGCAUAGCAUCUGUCAGCCAGGAGACUGAAGAACUUGAUGAGGAUGACUUAGAUACACCUGAUGAUCUCAGCACUGCUGCUGUAGGGGAGUCUGAAAACAGUCUGAACUACUCUUUGCCUUUCACAGGCUCAAGUGGAAUAGUUAAGCCUGUGCCUAGUUAUGAAAAGCUAAAAGAAGAAACAGAGCUCCUGGAACUCCGGGUAAAAGAGUUCUAUAAAGGAAGGUAUGUCUUGGCUGAGGAGGCAGCGACACAAGCACAGGAAGGGGAGCAUCCCAGCAAAGACAGAGAUGAUCAGCAGGAGGAUCUCACCUUCCCCCUUGUUGAUUCAAAUGCACAAAUGCAGAUUAGGAAGCGAAUUGUCCUUGAAAAACUGAGAAAAGCAUUAUCUGCAGUUUUGGGCCCUCUUCAGAUUGCUUCAGGUGAUGUUUACACAGAGCUAAAAAAUCUUGUCAAAACUUUCCGGUUAACAAACAGAAAUAUUAUUCACAAAAUGCCUGAAUGGACUCUCAUUGCUAUUGUUUUGUUGUCUGUAUUGUCACAAACAACUCCACUUUUCAAGAAUACUCAGACAAGCCCAAUGUACACACAGUUCCUGACCACAUUACUGGAAGAACUGCAUUUCAAAAAUGAAGAUCUGGAAAGUUUAACAAGAAUAUUUAGAAUGGACUGACAACUUGAAUGGUCAGUCAACUUCAAGCUACUUUGUGUGUCUUAAAACCAAGCUGGUUAACCACAGGUUUAAUGUUCAGCAUUUUGUAAGUAUGUACAGUAACUACAGAUUGUAUCAGCUGGAGCAGAAAAUGUGUGAAGCACAUUUUAAAGUAAAGAAAUAUGUUUGGUAUGGAAAUGAGUGUCAUCAUUUUGUCACUUACAAUAAAAUGUAAAUAAUUUCCAGUAAA